AGGCUGUUAGCAUGGGACAACGUAGAAUCACUGAGUUUAUCGAUCCGAAGAUUCAAGGGGAUGUUAAUCUAACCGACUUCAAAUCCAUAUUGGAGAUUGCUGUACUAUGUGUGUCGAAAUCAGGCAAAGGCCGGCCUCCCAUUGGAGAAGUUCUAGACGAGAUGGAGAAGGCCUUGAAGAACACUCAAGCGUGGAAGAAAACAAAGAAAGAAGCCAGUUCAAGCUCAUCUGCAGCACAAGCACAAAAAUUGGAGGAAAUUCCAGUGUGAUAUAUAUAUGCCCCUCGGUUUUAAGGUUAUCUUAAUCCUUUCGCAAUCGAUAUGUACAAAAUGUAGCUUAUCAAAUGUUGUUUUGAAUUGUAUACAAAAUGUAGCUUAUCAAAUGUUGUUUUGAAUUGUAUGCAUAACACGGCGAAGUAACGGAAAUCUUUUAUUUUUGUUGCAUUUUUCCGCUGUUAGGAAAUU